AAUGGAUACAAACUUUGACAAGUUGACAAAUUUUACUUGUGAUACGAGCCUAACUUCAACAGAAAGUGGAUUUGGUUCUUUAAAUGGAUCGAAAACAAAUGGAGUUGUCAAAUUUCCUGUUGAUAUUGAUUUGAUUUGUAAAAUUGAAGAAAGUAAAGAUGUCACCGUCAAGAAUGGAAUCUAUCGUUUUAAAAAUGUUAAAGAAGAUACAAAUAAAGCGCAGAACUUUACUAACCGGCUUUAUGAUCGUCUUUCUUCAAUAAACUUUACCUCUCUCAAUUCAUUUUAUAAUCAAAUAUUGACAUUUUUGGCUGCAACUACCUUUAUUCUUGUAUUUCUGCUAAUCUGGAUUGUUUUCUGGAGUGUGUUUAAAGACUUUGCUUUUGACUCCCCUCCAAACAAAUAUUGGAUGUUUCAUGUAUUUUGUGCUAUUUUUGUCCUUUCCGUUGCUCUCUUUUUUUAUUUUAGUAUGUUACUAAACCUUCCAUUUUUUCGCCCUACCAAUUCAUCCAAUAGACCUUUAAUAACCUCAAUUCACACAAUAAUCACAAUUUUUUGGUUAAUUUUAUCGACUAUAUUAGCCCUCGUUUUACUCUCAAUUUCAUUCUAUUUAAUCUUUAAAUUUAUUAUUUUUGACAAUAAUUUUUCUGAAAACAAACUUACUCAAAAUAGAUUUGUUAAUUCUCUUUUUGCUUUUCUUGGGGUAACCCUGCUUCUUUUAUUUUAUUUUUCUUUGUUGCGUAUAAUGCUUAUUAAUUUGAGCUUAGAUAGAGGUCUGUAUUGA